AAAGGUGACGUUGCUUGUGAUUAGUGUAUCUUCAUGCAGGCAGCAUUCAGGGAAGGAAGUACAGGUGCAGCUGCAGCUGGCAGAGGGCAUCAUGUUAAAAUCAUUGGGGAGAGAGAAAAAGUAAAGAUGCUGUGGAGUCUGUUGUUCAUCUCCCUGAUUGGAAGUGCACAAAAUGAUGAUGGUACAGCUCUCUGCAACACACAACGCCUACCACUUAAUGGGACAAAAACAUCUCAGAAAUCAAACUACACAGAUGCAAAUCAACUCAUCUACUCUUCUGCAAGAGCUACUGAUGGGAAUAUGACGACAUGUGCUAUCACUGGGAAGGAGUCAGACCCCUGGUGGAGAAUUGACCUGCUGCGUGUCUGCAACAUUUCUUGUAUCACUAUCUACAACACAGCUGAGGACAACACUGACAUAAGUGGUGCUCAGAUCCACAUUGGGAGCUCGCGUGAAAACAACACCAUCACUAACAGCAUAUGUGAAAACAUCACAAACUUCAAAAAAAACAAUUCGAAUAACUUCACAUGUAAUACAACCAUGUCGGGGCGCUACAUCACUGUCUUCUAUCCAGGAAAUAAACCGUUAAUUCUGUGUGAAGUGAUGAUCUACGGCACAAUAACAGAUCCACCCUUUGUGCUGAUCAAUGAGAGUAAGACGUGGGAAGAGGCCCUGUACUACUGCAGGGACAAUUACAUGGACCUGGCUUCCAUCGUUGAUGAAGACACCCAGGCCUGGGCUGAGCUGGAGGCCAAGAAGGCCAACACUCCCUUUGUGUGGCUGGGCCUUCACUACACCUGCACCCUGGAGUUCUGGUUCUGGGUCGAUGACCAGCGCCUAGACUUCAAUCGCUGGAAACCAGAGAAGAAAAGAGGAGAUUGUGGCAUGAGUGGUGCCAUGGAGACACGAGAGGAACAUCUCUGGUUCAGCACCUCUGACUACGAGACGUUUUAUUUCAUCUGUGCAAAGUGAUGGGUUCAGGCCCAGAGCAGCAGCUUUCCAGAUAAAAGGGAUGAAGCACAGAGCAUUUCCUCACUAAAUGUGACUUACAACAACACAUAUAUCACUUGCUUUUUUAGUAAUUGCAACAGUUUAUGGAAUUAGUGUCAAUGUAUCCUACAUUUGUAAUUUAUGAUAUUUUGAUACAAUGAUUUUAUGAUGAUGUUGUCAACAUUUUUUAUUCUCUUCUUGAAACUGGAUCCUUGGGAUUUAAAUGGCCUGUCAAUAUUAUGUUAAGAAAUUCCUAAUUUCCAUUCAUAUUAAAUAAAUUUUAUGUGGCCACAUAUGUUUUGUAAACCUACACUUGCAUACUUCAAUAAGUCUUUUUAAAUGAUAUUUACUGCAUAUGUUAUUUCCUCUGAAUGUAUAGGGAAUAUGUGGAAGAACUGCUUAAUGUAUGUAUUAAUAUAUGGGUUGACAUUUUUUGGUGGGGCACGCUAUGAAGAUGCAAAUUUGCCUUUCUUUAUUAUUGUUUUUGGAAUACCAAUAUCAAGUCUAAAUAAAAGUUGAUGUGUUUGAACAAUUAA